AUCUGACUGCUACAUCUCUUAUAUCUGUCUGCUACAUCUCAUCUAAAGAAAAAAGAUAAAAAAAAUUGCGAGUAAGAGAAAAAAAUAAAGCUCAAAUUCAGUUUUAAGUUUUAACGUAGUUCCCAAUCUCAGUUUGGCGAGAAAUGUCGAUACCGGAGGAAGAAGUUGCACUUCUACAAGAUUUAGUUCACGACUCCGUCGACCACCGUGGAAACCCCGCCGGGAGAUCUUCCACCGGAGGAUGGAGAUCCGCCUCUCUCAUAAUAGGUGUGGAAGUUGCAGAGAGAUUUGCUUACGUUGGAAUCGCAUGCAAUAUGAUCACUUACCUGACCGAACAGCUCGGACAAUCGACGGCGAACGCCGCCGUGAACGUGAACACGUGGGCCGGAACAGCCUCGACGCUUCCUAUUAUUGGAGCUUUCGUAGCAGACGCUUAUCUCGGUCGUUACCGGACAAUUCUUGGAUCUUCCCUCAUUUACAUACUGGGGCUUGGACUACUGACCUUGUCGGCUAUCCUAACCCUUGUGGGAUCGUCUGAGAAUCAUAAACCUUCUUUCUUGAUGAACGUACUUUUCUUUUGCUCUCUGUAUCUUGUGGCCAUAGCACAAGGAGGUCACAAGCCGUGUGUUCAAGCGUUUGGUGCGGACCAGUUUGACUCGGACCAUCCUAAAGAGAGAAUAGCUAGAGGAUCGUUUUUCAACUGGUGGUUCUUGUGUUUAUCCGGGGGAAUAGUCAUAUCGAUUCUUGUGGUGGUGUAUAUACAAAGCAACGUUAACUGGGCGCUUGGAUUUGGGGUACCUUGUUUGUUCAUGGUUAUGGCUCUUGCUAUCUUCUUUCUCGGGAGAAAAACUUACAGAUAUCCAAAGGGAAAUCGUGACAAGAACAACAACGGUUUUGUAAGGAUCGGUAGAGUUUUCGUCGUGGCAUUCAAGAACCGUAAACUGGGGAGUUUGAAGCAUUCUGGUCAGCUCGAAUUCCUUGGAAAAGCGAUGCUCUCAGGAGAAGGUGUAGAGCCAUGUAGUAAUAUGGACGUGGAAGACGCUAAAGGUUUGAUAAUGCUUAUUCCGAUAUGGAUCACAUCGAUGAUGAGCAUGAUUCCUUACGCUCAAUACUCUACUCUCUUCACCAAGCAAGGUGUCACCGUGGACAGAAGAAUCUUGCCGAGCUUGGAGAUCCCUCCAGCUUCUUUUUUGUCACUAGUGUCUAUAUCAGUUCUCAUCUCGGUUCCGAUCUACGAGCAUGUGUUCUUGCCUAUAGCCAGAAAGAUUACAAAAAAGCCUAAUGGGAUCACGAUGCUCCAGAGAAUAGGAACAGGAAUGGUGCUAACGUGCUUCAACAUGGUUCUCGCAGCAUUGGUGGAAGCCAAACGGUUGAGGAUCGCUGAGGAGCACGGGCUCAUUGACAAACCGGACGUAACCAUUCCAAUGUCUAUAUGGUGGUUCGUCCCUCAGUAUAUGUUGGUCGGGAUGAUCGAAGUGUUUGGUCUGGUAGGUGCACAAGAGUUCUUCUACGACCAGGUCCCGACAGAGCUCAGAAGUAUCGGUCUUGCUUUUUCUUUGAGUUCGUUGGGUCUUUCGAACUUCUUGAGCGGUCUUUUCAUCAUUGUUGUUGAUUGGGCUACAGGGAGAUAUGGUGGACACAGCUGGUUCAACAACAACUUAAACCGAGCUCAUAUUGAUUAUUUUUACUGGUUACUAGCCGCAUCCACGGCCAUUGCUUUCUUUGCCUUCGUGUUCAUUUCCAGGUCGUAUGUUUAUCGUCGGGUAGACCAAGUCCAAUAAUUAUAAAGUCAACUUGUGUUGACUUUAUUAUCAUAUUGGUGUUUUCCAACCUUGUAAGUUAAUGUUUUAUAAUUCUAUAUUUUUUUCCGUGUCAAAAUCACUCUUCAUUGUAUUAAAAAAGAUCAUCUCA